AAUGUUACGGAAAUAAAAAAUAAAAAAAAUGCUAAAAAGAAAAAAAGAGAAGAAACUCGCAGUGGCAGUGAUUCCUCCUCCGAAACCGACCGCCGCUAAUUUCACUCUCGCUACUCUCCGAAACCCCACUUCUCCUCCUCCAAUUCUGUUUCCUGCAGAACAUACGAGGAACACUCUUGAAUCUUCCACGACGACGACCUUUUGCUGCGGCAUCUUGCGGUGUCGUUUGGUGCUGUUCGGACCUCAAGGUCUCUGGGAGCAUAUUUGGAAUCGCUGCCAGGUUCAGCGCUUGAGAUUGUUGGGUUCUGGUUUUGAUUGAGGAUUUAUCAACUGCCAUGGACUACGAGCCCUACGAUAGCAGCGGAACUGAUGACGAUCUUCCUCCAUCACACCAGCAGCAUAGAGUUCCCAGAGGGGGCCGCGUUACAGGGAAUGGAAGAUCUGGUGGGGGUUCUGUCCCAUAUCCUAGGAUGUAUGGUGAAACUGACAUGGAAGCACAAAUUCACCAGCUUGAACGAGAAGCAUACAGUUCAGUUCUGAGAGCCUUUAAAGCUCAAGCUGAUGCCAUUACUUGGGAAAAGGAAGCUCUAUUGACAAACCUUAGAAAGGAGUUGAGGUUAUCGAAUGAGGAGCACAAAGAACUUGUAGGACGGGUUAAUGCAGCAGAUGAUAUCAUAGAGAGGAUAAGGGACUGGAGACAGGCUGGCGGGGUUCAACCGGGCAUGCUGAGUACUGUUCAAGCAGUGCAUGAUCCAAUACCUAGUCCUACUGUCUCUGUAUCACGCAAGAAACAGAAGAUGGCGCAGUCAGUACAUACACAGUCCUUUACUGGGCCAACACCAUCAUUUCAUCCACCAGCAGUUACCACAUCCCACCAGCCAUCUUCGUCCACUGUAAAACGAGGAUCUGUCCCAGCCCCAGCCUCAGGAGCCAAGGGCAAGAAGCAUAAACCUGGUCAAAUUUUGCCUGGUGCUUCUUCAAUGAAGCAGUUCCCUUCCUCAGGUCCAACAGGAAGGGGUCAAGUUUCAAAUAGAGUUUCGACUGGUGCCGUUGUAAGUGAACCUGCUGAAGGAAAGACAAAUGAUACCUUGAUUGGGAGGAAAGUAAGGACUAGGUGGCCCGAUGACAACACUUUUUAUGAAGCUGUUAUAAAAGACUACAAUCAAGCAGAGGGACGGCACCAUCUAGUCUAUGAUAUGAAUUCGGCAAAUGAAACAUGGGAAUGGGUUAAUCUAUCAGAGAUAUCUCCGGAGGAUAUUCAGUGGGUAGGUGAAGAUCCUGGAAUCUCUCAUCGUGGGGGUUAUAGUGGAUCUGGUCAUGGAGUGAAUAGAUUUGUAGGCCGUGACAAUGUUCCAGUUCCUGGAAGAGGUAGAGGGAUCCCAAAGGCUCAAACAAGAAAAGAUUUUCCGCCUUCACAAAAUGGCAUUGGGAAGAAGGCUCCAGACAAUAUCCAGUUACUUCACACAGAUACUUUAAUUAAGGAGGUAGAAAGGGUCUUUGGUGAAAACCAUCCAGACUCUGUUGAAAUUGAGAAAGCAAAGAAACUGUUGAAAGAUCAUGAACAAGCACUUAUUGAUGCAAUUGCAAAGCUUGCUGACAUUUCUGACGGUGAAUGCGGACCUUUGCCUUUAAACAGCUGAUGGUCACGGACACAGUUCUUGCACGGGCAACCGAUGGAAUUGAGAAUGAUAGAUGGCUGGUUUAAAAUCUGCAGCAGUCAAAAAGCGCAUAAAAGGCUGGAAGCAGGGGGGGGGUAACGAUGAGAUAGGAGACUAGGCUGUGGAAGUGAAACAGAUCUGGGUUGCAAGUGACGGCCGCCUUUUUGUACAAUGAUAUAACUCCACACCCCAACCCAGCAUGUGUAAAAGACUGGGGCUUGGGUCCUUUCCAGGAUAGGCGUUACUGUAGAAUGAGAGCUACUGCAGUCGGGCAAUUAUUUGGUUAUAAAGAGUGGGCAGGCAAAGUCAACCUAGGAAAGCUCUGAUGCCUUUUGUAACAUUGUUUGAUAGUGAUUAGCGUGCUGCCUUGUGUAAAUUAUUUUUUACUGCCCUUAGCUGUUGCAUACACGUGAUGUGUGAACGUAUACUCUCGAACAUGUACUCUCUUUCUCUUGGCCUAGUGUCAUUUCUCUUUUCGAUAUUGGAAGAGGUUUCAAAGUUCAAAUC